GCCCAGUGCCCCGUGCCCCGUGCCCACGCCUGCCACGCAGCCCACGUUUGUUUGUUCGAGCGAGUCGAGCUCCCCUCGUCUGCCAAAAUGUCCCAUCUGAUCGCCAGAGGAGAGGUCGAUCACUGCUUGCCAUGCCAAUGACGCCUCCCGGGACAAGGUUUGGGGAAGCUGCUGAGGACUGUCGUUUCCUGGGUCCGUUUCCUGGUCGCUAAAGCCGCCCUGCCGCCCUCUUUUUUGCCAUAUGCCGUGCCCCCCGCAGACGACGCUGUCAGCAAGCUGCAUGCUGGGAUGCGAGGUUAUUGUUCUCUCGGGACCCCAGCUGGCAGUUGCCCAGGUCUCCCAGGUCCCCGUUGCCCGAGGAAUCUUGCCUGCUCGCCACGCCUGCUUGCGUGUGUGUGUGUGUGCUUCGUGUGGUCCCCAACCCAACCUGCCGACCCUGACCGGCCCACAUCUCUGCUCCCGAGGUGCGCCCCCUCCUGCCCUCCUCUCCAUCCAACAGGCCCCAGCCCAGCCCAGCCCAGCACAGGACCGGCCCAACCAGACAGAGCCUGCAGGUGCGGCUGCAGCUGCAGGUGGAUAUCGCACAUCCAUAUGCACACACCCAUGCCCAUGCUCACCUCACCAACACUCAUGCUAAGUACACACGCUACCGGGCACAGCCUCUCUCUGCCUCUCACUCCUUCCUUCCUCCCGUCUCUCUUUUUAGGACCGCCUCUGCAUCUUGACCACUCCUUCUCAGCGGCGCCUCACCCUUCGCACCCCACCGUCGCAAAGCUGGCGUGAGGAAGACUUGACUGUCUUCGUUCCUUCAUUUGGCAUACCUCCCAUUGCGCGCAGAGGCUGCUUCCGACUUGGCCAAGUCUCUCGCGGACCCCAAAGCUCAGGCUGCUUGUCAUUCUUUUCUGUCUGUCAGUCAAAGUCGAUAAUCAAUAAUCCUGCCCGCCUCCACUCGGAUCUCGUCACCCACCUGUGACCUCGACUGCUUCCAUACCUGUGCAAGAUAAUUUCUCUCCCGCCCAUUCCUCCGCACAAGUUCCACACGACGCCCCCGUCACCAGACAGUCAUUACAUUUACUAGGCCAGACGCACGCAGAUUACGCAACGGUUUAAUGUGUCACGGAAGAGCAACCAGGCGACAUUGAUGAGAUAGGUUGUGACGGGUUCGGAUCUGCAAAGUACUAAUCAACAUGUCUGUCAAAAGAAGUCAUGUCCACCGACGAGGACUGGGCGAUGUCGCGGACGUCGUCCCUGGCUCUGAAUGGAUCCAGGACAAAGCCAUGGGCAAUGAUGAGGGUGCCUUGCCGACCUUUCGCAAGCAGCGGCGGGUAGUCACAAUUUACGAGACCAAGACAGAUGGCUGGGACGGCGUCGGCCUCCUGACAACUCUCGAGCGUGCGACCGUCACCCAGACAGUAACGGCAACUGACCGAGAUGAUCCAACUCCCACUCCGAGGGUUUCCAUGGGCGCGCCCGCUCUCAAGGGCACCCCCAUAAGCAGCGACGUUGCCAGCAGCACCAGCCUCAGUCCGGGUAAUGACGACCACACAUCAUCGACACUUCCCCCGGCCAUCAUGGCCUCCACAGUGGCAUCCGACACCGCUACAGACCCACUAGCGCUGGCCACCGCAGCCUCAAGCUCCUCCAGCUCCAGGUCGCACACGGCUGCGGGAUCCACAGCUGCCUCGGAGGCAUCAGCAACUCAGUCGGUUGGUUCUGGUUCUGGUUCAGGUUCAAGUUCAGGUUCAAGCAACUCAGCGGCUAAGGCGGGCAUUGCAAUCGGCGUCCUGGCUGGUAUCUUUGUUAUCCUUGGCCUGGUGUAUUUUGUCGUCGCCAAGCGGAAGAGGCAGAUGCGAGAGGAACAGCGUCUGGCUGAUGACGAGAAACUCAAUGGCAAUCCAUUCGGGGACCAUGCUCGUGCUCCCCCGACUCCCGCGAAACCACCACGCCUCAGUCUACGGCCGAUGACCCAGCUGUUCCUCGCCCCGAGCACCGCGGAGAAGCGGGCAAGCAAGAGCCCUCAGCAAAACAUCGCCAUGGUCGCCAGCCCAACCAUGAACCGGGCUCCGGGCUCCAGCGCUUGGGAACGGCCCAUGACCAGUGACAGCCAGGAUGCGCACAACCCGUUCGGAAUCCACGCCGAGACCAUCCCGGAAGAACCUGCCACGCCCAGAAACCCUGCCAGCCCCAUGACGCCCAUCAGCGAGGUCAGCAUGAUAGCCUCCCCAACAUUGGCACCUGGCCUUGCCCCCGCUCCCCGAGCCUCUGCUAUCACGACCGAUUCUGCUGUUCUUGCUCCCAUUGUCACUCACUCCCCCCCACUCUCUCCGCACCCGCCACAGCAAGGCGCACCCACCGGCGCUACUCCUGCGCCCUUGCAGAUGAACCCGACUCGCCCGACCGACUCGCCCGAAGCUGCUGCCGCAUCGGCGGCUGGGGUUGCUGCCGGAGCCACGGCUGCGCCUGGUCUGCAACGCAAGGAAUCUGUGCGGAAAGACAAUGUUCCCGCGCCCCUCGACUUGACCAUAGUCCCAAAGCUGGGACCCGUGCCUCCUAGUCCGGCCGGCACUGAGUUCAGCGUGCAUGAGGUCGAGUCUGGUCAGGCUCCAGAACCAUCGUCUGGUGCUGCCGCGAUCGCUGCUGCGGGUGGCCCCGCGGACUCGUCAGUCCACCGUGUGCAGCUCGAUUUCAAGCCCACCAUGGAUGAUGAGAUGGAACUGCACAUCGGACAGGUCGUGAGACUACUUCACGAGUAUGAUGACGGUUGGGCACUCUGCAUUCGUCUUGACCGAUCUCAGCAAGGAGUAGUCCCCCGAACUUGUCUGUCUACCCGUCCUGUCAAGCCCCGACCGCCUCAGCAAGCAGGCCCCCGAGGGCCUCCAAUCAAGCCGCAAGGUCGACCCCGAGGCCCCUCUGUGAGCAGCCAACGUGGACCCGGCCCGACCCAACAACCGGGUAACCGACCUAUGGGCCCUCCUCAUCCGCUCGCUCCCGGAGCUCGCGGACCUGGACCGCUGCGUCCAAUGGGUCCUCCGAUGGGCCCACCUGGCCGCCCGGGCCCUCCCCGCCCUAUGGGACCACAAAUUGGGCCUGGACCACGACCCCAGUCACCAGCAGGGCAACGACCUCAGUCACCCGCGCAGCGACCUCAGUCUCCAAGCCGACAGGGCCCACCCAGGUCUCAGUCCCCCAACGGCACGGGCAGGAGACCAAGUCCACCUGGGCCUUCUGGCAUGCAGCAGGAAUACCGACCAAGCUUCGAUGGCCCAAGCCAGGAGCCCCCCCAAGGUCCUCCCCAGGGCCCUCCCCAGGGAGCGGUCACGAGAAAGCCAGUGCCUGGUCAGGCGUAUUGAGCUAGUCACACCACUUGCAUGCCGGCAAGAAAGGAAACCUCUAGGCCACCCGGCGGGCAAGAAUACCAUGUGCAGGCGUUAUUUAUGAGUUCCGGAGGCAAUAGGCAUUACCCACCCCGAGUUUGGUCACGACUAAAAGACUGGCGCUACGAGAUGAAAUCUUUGAACGACAUUCAUUUACUCUUCUUCUCUUCCCUUUUAUACAGUUCAAGAGCCGGUCCCUUUUUUACCCACGACCUUUUGUACAAGAUCAUCGCAGAUUACAGUCUGCCGACAAUACAUGGCCAACAAUAGCGAGGGGCAGAUGGAGCAAGCCAUCCAGGCAUGCUGUGGACAUGCUUUUAAUUUCUUGGUGGUAAUUUCUUAUUACUUAUUCCGAACAGGCUUGGGCAGGGGCGUCGAUCUUGCAGCAAGAGUAGAUGCCUCGCCCAACCCUCUUAGGCAAAUACCAUUUGCGUGAGAUUUUGGUC